CCAGGGUCCCCACACUGCGCGACAUGGCGGCGAAUACCAUGGACACGACGGACUACGAGUACUCUGAAGAUGACUUCAACGGAAGCGAGAACUACACAUACCUGUAUCCUGACUGGCAUGAGUUAUUGGAUUGUCCUCAGAAAUCCUUGCCCUGGCAGUCCGUCAUUAUACCUACCCUCUACUUUCUCAUCUUCUUCACUGGCUUCAUUGGGAAUCUGUGCGUCAUCGUCAUCAUGGCCUCCAAGCACAAGAACAGGAGGCUGGUGGACACCUUUGUCAUUAACCUGGCCGUGGCGGACUUGGUCUUCGUGUGCACUUUACCGUUCUGGGGGAUUUCGGCGGCGAAGGAAAACCAAUGGGACUUCGGCGAUUUCCUCUGCAAGUUUAGCAGCUACGUCAUCGCCGUGAACCGCUUCUCCAACAUUUUUUUCCUCACCUGCAUGAGCGUGGACAGGUACUUGGCCGUCGUGCGGAUGCUGGACUCCAGAUACCUUCGCAGCAACCAAUGCGUACGCUUGACCUGUUGCGUCAUCUGGUUGGCGUCCAUCGCGCUAGGAGUGCCCUCUCUUAUCUACCGGAGGGUGGAGGAAAAUGGCGCGGCCCGUUUGUGCACCGAAAUCGCCGACUCAGCUGUUUUCAACGGGAUCAGCCUUGUCGCCCUCUUCCUUGCCUUCGUGCUCCCAGUGGUGAUAAUAGUUGCCUGCUACUGUUCCAUUCUGGUGAAGCUGCGUAACCCACCCGGCCUUCAAAACCCCAAAACCGAACAGCGCCGCAGACACUCGCUCAAGAUUGUGCUGGUCAUCAUCGUGGCCUUCGUCGUCUCCUGGCUGCCGUUCAACGUCUUCAAAACCAUCCUCAUCGCCUGCCAGCUCCAGUUCGCGUCGCUGUCCUGCGCCUCUCAAACGACCCUGGCGAGGGGCCUGACCCUGUCCUCUUGCUUUGCCUUCCUAAACAGCUGCGCUAACCCCGCCAUUUACAUCUUCCUGGACCACCACUUCAGGCAUCGCGCUCUGCGCUUCUGUCUCGGCUGGUUCGGCCCACAGAUCAAGCGGCGGAGUGGAGCUCCAGCCGCGUCCUCUUCCGGGCUCACCAUUGACAGUUACUCGGUGUCCAGUUACCCUCGCUGCCGCAUGUCUUCAGUUCACUUGCAGUGAAGGACCUACUCUCGGAGACGGCGUUGCAGUAAGAGGUGGCAGCGGUUCGCGAGGUUUGCAGAGUUCGGAUUUGGGGUGUCCUGGUAUUUGGGGUUCAGUUUCCCAGCUUUUUUCCCCCCAGUGUCAGAACAUUGACCAGAUAAAAACCGAUCUUGUCAGGCAAUUAAAAAACAAAUUCUGCACGCUUAAAACUGCGUCUGUGGAUUGUGAGGAACCUUUUAGUAUUUUUAUAUCAUUCGGCAUCAUGUUGAGAGAUUACUCGUGAUUACUUCGUAGGUCAUAAACCUGAUUAAUUGGAAAUGUUUACAUUUGUCUAAAACGCCACCUCGUUUUAAUAUGUUGUAUGAAAACAGGAAAGCCCUGGGUAUGACAAUGAAAAAACGAAAGGUUCUGAUUUUCAGCGCUCGCCACUCUGCACCACACCAGUUAUCGUAACAGCAGAGAACUUGUUAAAGUCGCUUUCCAGUGAGCUGUACAACUUUCUCCGAAUUCACUUUUGUUUCAAUGCCAUUUUGCAUAAAAAAUGCAAUUUUGUAUCAAUAUCAUUACUUAUUUGUUUUGCACAAUCAAUUAUGGGAACAUAUACGCACAGUGCAAGAGGGAAAUAGGCUAAUAGACGAACGUUUCAGCGAUAUCAUCUUACUGUCGCAGCCUACAUGAAAUUAUUUUCUGCCAUGAAAGGAGACCUCAGUUCGGGCUGCUCUUCUCAUGCAGAUGCAAUAAGAAGUGUUAACCGCUGUCAGUUUCGCUUCAGAGGCUGAGAACUUCAAAAGCCCUCAGCUUUUUUGACUGAAGAAGUGAGAUCAUGCUCGUGUUUUGAAAAUGCUUUCGCUAUAGAAUGUAUUAGUUCACUGGGUACGUUUUUACUGUUCUUUCCGUUUUAACACAAAUAAUAAGUAGUAGCUUAUACAGUAUGUAUAAAAUGUGUAUACGAAAUAAAGAUCAGUAGACGCUUUUCUAAAUAUGAAAUGGACUGAAAAUAUUGGAGAAACCUUUUUAAUUGUGGAAAAAACGGAAAAAUAUUUAAAAACAAAUUACAAUUUUAAACGUGCUGCAUGAGUGGUUUUACUGUAGGUGCGAGAUUGAGAAGAAUUGUGCUGGAGUCUCGGACUUUUUUUACAGUUAGUGCGGAUGACUUAAAGGAGCUAAAAAUGACGUACAUUUUAUUGCAACAUAUUGAAACAUUUUUAUAUUCACCUUCUAGGUUAUAACUACGCAUUAAGAUUGAAAUAUUUUAGUAACUUCUGUUCAGUUCAACUGGUACUUCGUUAUAUUAUCGUUAUGUUUAUUCGUGGCAUUAGUUGAUCUUCGCAAUAAAACUGAUCGCUCUUUGUAUUAUAUUGUUUAACACAUUUACAAAAUGUGAAAUUUGAAAUCUCGUUACAAAAAAAGAUCUAAAACUUUUGUAAACAUUGGACAUUUACUUCUAGACUGUCAUUGUAAUAUAAGCUCUUUCAAAAAAUGUUUUACGCAAUUUUUUUACAUUUUAAAAU